AUGAUGCCAAAUUACAAGGACGAGUCUGAUCUUUUGCAGCGAGCUAGGGUUUCUGCAAAGCACAACACGAACUUCUGGCACACUGAAACCGAGACUGACGCUCUAUGGACGGAUAUUGUGGAGAACAGGCCGGCAUUGAGCGACAGCUUCGUUGAAGAGCUGAAAUACAGGUUGAACGAGAUUCGGGGCGACAGACUACAGAGUAUCAGACAAGCGGACCGCAAAACUUUCCGGUAUUCGAGCAAUCUGCCGCAUGAUCGUGAAAUAACUAGUCCAGACCAUCUCACGUUCUUUUCCGAUCCCUUGGCCACUGAUGGUGAAACUGUGAUGAAGUUCGAGGAGAUUGAAUACGGAGGAGAGUACGAGGACUCCCGUCACCAGUACAUCGACCGGGACUGCACCAUGGAGGAGGUCACUCUACUUCGUGGAAUUGCUGCUCAAUGGAAAAGGGACCAGUGGCAGGCCAUCAGUACAAGAUUCAAUGGCAUGGCCGGUCGUAAAAUCACCCCUGAACAGGCAAAGUCAGUUCUCGACAACCACCAAGGGUAAGCUUGCGGGUGGGCGGUGUGGUAGAAAGGCAAAAUGUCUAAGUUUGUGCAGUUCCAACAUUCAUCGGAUGGAAAGUUCUCGCCCUGAUGGUAACCGGCAUCGGAUAAGAACCAAGGCUAGACCAGUACACUCGGUGGAAUGGCAACUUCAAAGAUGAGGACAAGCCAUUCUCGCGGACUUGGCCGGUUGUUUGUUUCUGGUUCUUCCAUCAAUUGAACGUCCAGGGUUCCUUCAAUGUACACGCGUUGUUCGAAGUGUGUGACAUCAUUGACUCUCCCCCUGCUGGUAUAUUAUUAGCUGCCUAGGAUCACAUAAGGUAUUACGUUGAGCCGUUUUCUUUUCAAGGGCCUUAUCCAAGCGGCG